CCAUAACAAAGGAAAUGGAUCCUCAGCAUUUCACUUGGGAAGCAUAUUUGAGAGGGUCCAUUUAGGGUAUUUAGAGGGGAAAGGCAAAGAAGAAGAAGAAGGCCGAAGGGGUUCGCUUGUUAGGGGUUUAGGUCAAGGUCCGGUGAGUGCCUCCAAUGGCGGAGCAAGAAGCGGCAAAAGAUUUAGGAGAUGAGCGGGCUGUGAAAGAAGCGGAGACCGAUAUUGACGAUGGUGAGAAGAAUGAGAAGAAGAGCAUGACACCGUGGGAGCAGCACGCAGGCGUGAUCAGCAUCCCCCGCUUCGACUACAACGCUCCCUCUUCGCUUCUCCGCCACUCCCAUUCCGGCUUCCUCAUCACCUGCACCAUCAAGAGGGAGAAAAGUGCCACUAAAGAAGCAAUGUCAAUCCUUGAAAAGUAUGUAUCGUCCUUUAAUAGUGGGAGCUCUGAAAUUGUGGAGAACUCGGAUGAUAAUACCAUUACCAAGAGAAGGAAAAUAUGCACGGAGGACCUAGAUAGUGAAAGUAUCAAUUGUGUUCAAAACGAGAAGGCUUUCAAUAACCUUGGGAAAACUAGUAGAGUGGAUACAAAUCUUAACAGAGAUCCUGUUCUUUCACUGGUUAAGCUGACAAGGAGUGGUUUGCUUCUAUUUACCUUCCCUAGAGACACUCCAGCUGACACUGUUGGUAUUGUGUCGAAUAUCAUGGAGUCUCUGGAAUCUGGGAUUUCAAAAUCACCACUUUGGUGUCAUCGCAUUUUUCCUAUACAAGCAACCUGUAGUUUGAAUGAGAAGGAACUGCAAACAGUUGUGUCAAAGCUUGUUCUGCAGUUCAUGAAUGAUAAACAGCGCGAAACUGUGCGUCCUGCAAAGUUUGCAGUUGGUUAUAACAGAAGAGGAAUUGAGGAGACACAGAUGAAGAUUUUGAAAGAUAAACCAAAUGGCUCUAAUGCAUUUGCCUUGUUGGACCGCAACAAAUGCUUUGCCGUUGUGGCUGCUGCAGUAAAAAAUGCUGCAUCAGAUUCAGUUGUAGACCUCAAAUCUCCGGAGUUUUCCGUUCUUGUUGAGCUGCUGCCACUUUCCGGAGUACCCAAUGGAUCGUUAGUGGUUUCUGUCUCGGUUCUUCCGCAAAAUCUUGUUAAUACCAAGCCACGCCUGUGUGUCAGGGCUCUGCUUACUGAUACCAAAGCCAGGGAUGGAAGGCAUUAGGAAGGAUUGUGUGGCUUAGAAUACUUUUCUUUUUUACUACGUAG